CCCUGGAAGAUAUUGAUUUGACUCACGUAGUCAGGCUACAAACAUGGCCGUCGCGUUUUUGUGAUUUUGACGUUGUGACGGGUCAAGUAAUUUCAAAUAAUUUUAUAAUUUCUUGAAAUACUUUGUUAUAAUUUCUUUGCAAUCUCAUAUAAACCAGCAAAAAUGUCAGCUGGACCGUACAACUAUUCCUACAUCUUCAAAUACAUAAUAAUCGGAGACAUGGGGGUGGGCAAGUCGUGUCUCCUCCACCAAUUCACCGAGAAAAAGUUCAUGGCCGACUGCCCCCACACAAUUGGGGUGGAGUUUGGCACUCGUAUUAUCGAAGUCUCCGGCCAGAAAAUCAAAUUGCAGAUUUGGGACACGGCGGGACAGGAGAGGUUCCGGGCCGUCACGCGGUCGUACUAUCGGGGGGCUGCCGGGGCCCUCAUGGUCUACGACAUUACUCGCCGUUCCACCUAUAAUCAUCUAAGUAGCUGGCUUACGGAUACAAGGAAUUUGACGAAUCCUAGUACUGUUAUUUUCCUUAUUGGGAACAAGUGUGAUUUGGAGGGGCAAAGGGAUGUGACUUAUGAGGAGGCCAGCAAAUUUGCGGAAGAAAAUGGGCUGAUGUUUGUUGAAGCUAGCGCUAAAACAGGCGACAACGUAGAAGAAGCAUUCCUUGAAACCGCCAAAAAAAUCUACCAAAGCAUCCAAGACGGCCGUUUAGACCUGAAUGCUGCCGAAUCGGGUGUCCAACACAAGCCUUCACAACCUGGUCGUAAUAAUCUCAGCAACGACCAGCAAGCGAAUAAAGAUAAUUGCGCCUGCUAGUUAUUUUACCCUAACCUGGGGUCAAGAUUUCAAAUUUUUUUAAAUCUGUCAACUUGUUAGGAAUAAUUUAAUUUUGAAUCAUUUUGUGAUGAGGAGGUUUCACAUACCUUAGUCCAAAAUAAUUUAUUAUUCAUACAGUUAACAAUAACUAUUGAGAUUAUUUUAAGUUAAUAAAGCAAAAAGCACAUUAAGAAAAAAAAUGAAACGGAACGUUUAUAUCAAGUGGAUGUAGCUUUAGUAAUUUUUUUAUUACACUUAUUACAACACAGUUUCAGUUGAAAAUAACAAUAAAAAUAGGAGUUAAGAGGCGAAAACAUUAUUGUGGGAAUUAGGUCACUUAGCCAGGCACGGUUAUGUAAUAAAUAUAUGACAGAAGUGUUGUUAUAAUGUAGAUUAUAAACAAAGAUGUAUUGUAAAACAUUUAUGAAAGAAUGAAAUUGUUCUUGAUUCCGCUCCCUAGUGUGCAUACAGCAUAGGUCUUUUUGUUUUUAUAUUAAUAGCAAAUAAUUUAAUUUUUAUACUGUAUUUCGGGGGUAAAGAUCGAGUUAUUGUGGCUUAAGUCAGUUUGCUUCUCAACAUUUAAAUAAAUGAUUCCAAAUUGUUGCAACGUUAUUUUUAGUGAUGAUGUAUCUUUGUAUGUGAUGUAUUUAUUAUUGAAUCAUAUAUAUAAAAAAUAAUAUAGAUUAAGUUGAUGCAUUUUUGUAUUAUUUUAAUGUUAUGUAUUAUUAAUACACUUUUCUCUUAUUUU